GCAGUCGCGUGCUGCGUGUGACGACCGCUGCUCGUGCGUCGCUCGGGGCUGUGGGCGCAGUCGGUGUGCGCGCUCAGAACGUUUAGGGCCUGGCUCGGCGUGCUGCUGGCUGCACGCGCGCCGCUGUUUGUUCCGCCGCUCCGGAGGCUGGUAAUAAACGGUCCGGAGACGGAGAGAAGCGGAACGGCCCUGACGUGCUUUGAAGCUGGUCCAGCCAACGAAGACAAUGACGAGAAAUAUGGAGCAGAGUACCCGUUCUGCUCUCCACAUUGCCUUCAGCGUCGUCGGACUUAUCAGCUUUUUGCUGGUCCUAUUCUUCAACGGGAGCACCAACAGCCCCGACCUCGGCAUAUUUAGCCAGCCGACGGGGAACGUCUCGGACAGGUUCAACACGUACAUCACGCCGUCGGGCUGGACGUUCAUCAUCUGGGCCAUCAUCUACACCUGGAUGGCGGUGGCCAUCAUAUACGCGCUGUCGCAGCUGUGCCGCAGCUCCGACUCGGGCCCGGUCUACCUGAGCCCUGUGACGGUGCCGCUCCAGUUCUGGGUGCUCUUCAUCACCAACCAGGCGCUCAACAUCUCCUGGCUGUUCGUCUGGGACCGCGAGCUGAUGACGGCCGCCGCCGUCUUCCUGUUCCUCAUCGUCAUCACCAACUGGCUGGCCAUGUACAUCCUGCACUCCAGGCUGGUCCAGGACGGCGUGCCCGUGGAACUGCCCCGCCCGGAACUGAUCGCUCUCCGGGUCACCAUGCAUAACGGGCUGGCCGUCUACACGACCUGGACCACGAUUGCGGCGCUGCUCAACCUCGACAUCGCCAUCGUAUACGUCGCCGGGGCGUCGAACGAGGUGGCCAGCCUGGCGAUCGCCUGCGUACUUGGCGCGCUCAUCAUCCUCUGGCUGGUGCUGGAGCUCACCGUGCUUGACAAGUACACCCGGUGGACCAUAUCACCCGGAUUCACCCUGGUGUGGGCGCUGUCCGGUGUGUUCGACAACAACUACUGGCGCGCGCCGGGCGCCGUGCCGGCCGUGCUCGGCGCCGUGCUGGGCGUGGCCUGCCUCUGCCUGCUGAUCCGGCUCGUCGUGCUCGUCGUCUACGUCGUCUGCCCGCCGGCCGGCCGGCGGAGCGGCAGUGUCGACAUCGCCGGCCGGCUCAACGGCGGCUUCAGCCAGUAGCCGCCGGCGGCGCCGCCAGCGACGGGCCGGACCGGGUGGAGGUGGAGGGACCGAGUGGUCGGACCCGGCCGGGACGAAUCACAGGGAGAAGGGAAGGGGAGCACACUGGAGACGGACCACUGCAUAGAGUGGACCGGAGGGAGUUGAGAAACACUGCCCGAGACGCGGGUCAGCGAGGGGAGGGCUCUGCACAGGGGGCGCCAGCGCCGUGUGGGCGGGAUCAGCCCGGGUGACCUACGCCCGAAUCGCCUAUUCCAUCGAAUGUCUACGCCCGGGUGACCUACGCCCGGCUGACCUACGCCCGAAUCGCCUACUCCAUCGAAUGUCUACGCCCGGGUGACCUACGCCCGGCUGACCUACGCCCGAAUAGCCUACUCCAUCGAAUGUCUACGCCCGGCUGACCUACGCCCGGCUAACCUACGCCCGAAUCGCCUACUCCAUCGAAUGUCUACGCCCGGGUGACCUACGCCCGGCUGACCUACGCCCGAAUCGCCUACUCCAUCGAAUGUCUACGCCCGGGUGACCUACGCCCGGCUGACCUACGCCCGAAUCGCCUACUCCAUCGAAUGUCUACGCCCGGGUGACCUACGCCCGGCUGACCUACACCCGAAUCGCCUACUCCAUCGAAUGUCUACGCCCGGGUGACCUACGCCCGAAUCGCCUAUUCCAUCGAAUGUCUACUAGCGUACGGCCUGCCCGUGUUCGUGGAGCAGUCCCUGCUGUAUUAUCGAGUAAGGAUUUACCCAUUCACUACGCCGGCUGACUGGCGGCCCCAUCCUUUGUUUGCUCUGUUGUCGUCCGUCGCCCGUCGCGGCGGUGCCCAGGCCCGGGGGUCGCCUGGCGCAGCGGGGGGUAGCGUCCCGCCCCGCGGCCCCUGGCGCGGCGAGAGGUAACAUGCCGCGGCGCACGGCACGGCGGGCCGCCGCCGCCGCCGCCGAGGGAGUGGACGCUGACAAGGAUGAGGGCCGUGGGCCCGUGGCAUCACCUGGGUUUGUAUGGAUUUUUGUCCAUUUGGCCUGCUGGCUUAACACGCGCAGUGGAACGGUUGCGAGUACUACGCCCAGUGGAAGGAGACGGAACCGUCCCGCCCCGGCAAAGUCUACAAUUCAGGCGGCGCGUAACGGCUAGCGCCGGCCGCCGCGCCGCCGCGCCGCCGCGGCGGCAGGAUGUUUGACUUUACACCGCUAUUACUAGAAAAGUUGGAAACCGAUUUUCUUACCUCUUGCAUGAGAAGAUCCGCAAUUCAAUUCUGGACAGGUAGCCGAAAUUUCACAUUGAUAUUAUGCUUGCGGCGCGAGUUAUUGGCGAAAAACAGGAGGGGUGGGCGAAAUCCGCCCCCCCCCCUUCCACUGCGCGUGUUAAGUCACCGAUUACAUUAAAAGGACAAGUGAAAAUGAACCCCUGCACGAAUUAGUGUCUUUGCCAACGGCUAACUUCAAUUGCAGGAGGGUGAGGAGGGGUCGAAAGAACCACCCAGUGAUUCAUCCCUUGAUUGAGCUAUAGGGAAAGCGGGUUUGGCGAGUGGAAGCCAAUGAAAUAAAUUUUUAUUGUCCUAAGAACAACUUGAACAGCCUUGACUUUUCCAACAACUUGACAAGAGUCAUUGCCAUAGAGUGCAUCAAGUUUCAAGUUGAACAUAUUUUUUUUUUGAAAAAUGUGAAGUAAAGCCUUGCUUCUCCGUCAAGUGACGGUGUAUCCAAAUAACCCGACCGUUGGGUAACUUGAACAGUCUUUCUUUGCACGCCAUGAAAUAGUUAUCUGGCUAUCACCGAUGUUGUUUGGUGUAUAAACAAAUAGGCACAACAGCUCUAACAUAGGUACCUUAUUGAAGAAAGAUUAAAACAACAACAAAAAUAA